GGGGCGCCGCUGCCCCAUGCGCUGCCCGCUCGCCGCCUGAGGGUGCCGCCGCCGCCCGCGCCCGCGCCCGCGCCUGGCCUGGCCCUGCCCCAUGGCUUCCCCUGCGGCGGCGGGGCCUGGUGCCGCGCUGCCCCCGGGCGCGGCACACCGCGACUUCUACUGGCUGCGCUCCUUCAUCGCUGGAGGUGUUGCAGGAUGUUGUGCCAAAACAACUACUGCACCACUGGAUCGAGUAAAGAUUUUGCUGCAAGCUCAUAACCACCAUUACAAACACCUAGGAGUGUUUUCUGCAUUGUGUGCUGUCCCCAGAAAGGAAGGUUACCUUGGGCUGUAUAAAGGAAACGGGGCAAUGAUGAUUAGAAUCUUUCCAUAUGGCGCAAUUCAGUUUAUGGCAUUUGACCAAUAUAAAAAGGUAAUAAAGAAGCAACUUGGGAUUUCAGGGCAUGUGCAUCGAUUAAUGGCUGGAUCCAUGGCAGGUAUUACAGCAGUGAUUUGUACUUACCCUCUUGAUAUGGUUAGAGUUCGUCUGGCAUUCCAAGUAAAAGGGGAACACAAGUACAUGGGAAUUAUCCAUGCAUUCAAGAUGAUUUACACAAAGGAAGGUGGUUUUAGUGGAUUCUACAAAGGGCUGAUGCCAACUAUUGUAGGAAUGGCACCAUACGCGGGUUUUUCAUUUUUUACUUUUGGUACCUUAAAGAGCAUUGGACUUUCUCAAGCACCUAACUUGCUUGGACGGCCUUCAUUAGAUAAUCCUGAUGUCUUAGUUUUGAAAACACACAUAAAUCUGCUGUGUGGUGGCAUAGCUGGAGCAAUAGCUCAGACGAUAUCAUAUCCCCUUGAUGUAACUCGUAGGCGGAUGCAGUUAGGAGCAGUUCUCCCAGACUCUGAAAAGUGCCUUACAAUGGUGCAGACACUGAAAUAUGUGUAUCAACAACAUGGAAUACGAAGAGGAUUAUACCGUGGCUUAUCUCUAAAUUACAUUCGUUGCAUUCCUUCCCAGGCUGUGGCUUUUACCACAUAUGAACUUAUGAAACAAUUCUUGCAUCUCAACUAAUUUUUAUUUUAGAAGACUUUACCAUAAAACUACAUUAUCAGUCCUUAAAAUAUAUUGGUGAGCAAGUUGCUUGAAGAUUAAAAAAAAAAAAAAGUUACUUGUUGCUGUGGAACUGCUGUUGUCUGACAUUUUUAUUUGCCAAAAUGUGGUUAAUUUCAUGGAGUCAAACCAGGGGACAGAUCAAAAUAAACAUUAGUUAUCUAUAAACACUUUUAUGCACUUGAUCUUCUAGGCUUCAUUAGAUCAAUGUUAAGAAUUGCACAGCUUUAAUAUUACACCCACAUUUUAUACAGGUUUCAAGCUGUUAGUUAUUUAGCUUCAUCACCAUUCCAGGAGUUACACAGUUAUAUUGCUUUUUAAGAUAGUAGACAUCUGUUCUUCUUUAAUAAUUAAAUAAACUGAUUUGAAGAAAAUGAA